AUGGAAAUGCCGAAGACCCUGGGGUCGUGUGGCCAUUCCUGCUCCCAGUGCCCCCAGCCCCCAACUUCCAGCAGCCAAGGAGGAUGCCAAGAAAUGCCUUACCAAGACUUUGUAAGGUGGCCCUGCCCUGUCCUGGGGGAGAGACGGUCUCACCCUGCUGCCUCCUCCAUGCUCCAGCACAUGCCCCUGGGGCCUGCAGAGCAGUGCUGCUUCCAGCUGGAGCAAGAGAACCAGAGCCUGAAAAAGCAGAAUCAGGACCUGCGGGAGCACUUGGGGUCUCUCCUGGGGCCAGGGCCGCAGUACCUGCCUCUGUGUCCUAAACACGCCAGCUUCACAGCCCUGGCCUGGUCGCCGGAGCAUAUCAGUCGGCGGCCACUUGAGGACCACAGGGCCCCUCUGCAGCUGCUGCGGCGGGAGCUGUACCCAGGGGAGGAGGCCUUCUUGCACCAGUCACAGAAGGAGCUGGCGCAGAUCCGAAUGUCCUUUGAGAGGAAGAAGAUGGCCAUCACCGAGGUGUGGGACGGAGUUGCUGAAGUACACACAGCCCUGAACAACCAGGCCACUGGGCUGAUGAAUCUCAAGAAAGACAUCCGUGGCGUGCUGGAUCAAAUGGAGGACAUUCAGCUGGAGAUUCUGGGGGAGCGCGCACAGAGUCGAACCCAGGCCCGGAAGGAGCAGCAGCUGGCCUGCCUGAAGUCGAAGCCAGAAUGUUCCGAGACCUUCCGAAGCCAGUUCUGGCUGAUGGCCCUGAGACUGCUGCUGGGCACUCUGCUGGCCUGCACCGUCGCCUACGUAUAUGUGGUCGACCCCGCGUCCUUCGAGGGGUUGGUGCCGCCCCUGCUGAGCCGUGCGGCCGUCUGGAGGCUCCGGGCACUGCUGAGUCCAUUCCUGCGCCUCGAGGUGGACGAUUUUCUGCCCUUCUAG